ACUCUCUUAUUAAGCAAUUAAACGCUCAUUUUAAAUUGUAAUAUUUAAAAUUAUCUGAAAAAAAUACCUAAAUAAGAGUGUUUGUAGAUUAUUUUAAAUUCAAUUUUGUCUUAAAAAGGCAGGACAUCACAUUUUGUCUAAGAAAUCGUACCAAAACUUAUUGUAUUAGUUUAGUUUUUUCCACAAUAUUACCAAGGGGAAACAUCUUAUAUUCUGUCAGUUAAUUGGUCGUGGGCGGGCCCUUUAAGACAGGUGUGUUGACAGGUGCAGACAGGAAGUAGUUCUCACGAUCAGUCCGAACGACAUGGAGCUUCUUCCCAGCACACAAUGAAAGAAGACGGGGAAUAUUUAGACCGGUACGGCUGAUAGAAUGAAACUACCUUUGCUCCAUGUCUGUUUUCUGCUGGCAGUCCUGUUUCCUGCCAGCACGGUGGCCCAGAACCCGGUGCAGAUCGAGUUCCAGACGGAUCCGGUUCUGACUCUAACUGGAACCGACUCGCUGUUCACCGUGGUGACGGCGACCAGCGUCUUCUCCAUGACGUGGAAGUACAAUGGAGUGGACACUCUGGGAACGUGGUCCGGAGGCGCCGCCAACAUCAACCCCGUGACGCAGUUCCUGGGUCGGGUCACCAUCACCUCCAACCAGCUCCGGAUCGGGUCGAGCCAGCUCAGGGAUGCAGGGAACUACUCGGUGGAGGUGACUCCCGUCGGGACCACGGGCCAGACGUCUAACUCCAGAUCGGUCCAGCUGAGGGUGUUCGAUGCGGUUGCCGGGGUGACCUUGACUGUUCCCUCAGUGACGGUGGAGGGAGGAAACGUGACUCUGACUUGUGCUUGGACUGCCGGAACGCAAAUUAGCGUCCAGUGGGCCAAAGGAGGCUCGACCAUCACGGCCGACUCCAGGAUCACCAUCUCGGUGGUCGCCCAAACCAGCACUCUGGUCAUCAGCACGGUGAGACGGGAUGACGCCGGGGAGUACACGUGUACGCCCAGCAAUCCCGUCAGCACCCAGACCGCCACCCGAAGCCUCACCGUUUACUACGGGCCGGACACCCCUGUGCUCACCAAAGACACCGGCAAAAACUGCGUUGGAGGAGGGGACGUGAAGGUGGGACAGGCGGUGCGUCUCACCUGCACAUCCGUCUCGCUCCCCCCCGCCGUCUUCUCGUGGCAAUUCAAUGGGAAUCCGGUAUCCGGUCAACCGAGCGGCGGCGUGCUCACCGUCCAGACGUACUCCACCAAUGAGAGCGGCCAGUACGUGUGCACAGCCCAGAACAGCAUCACCGGAGGCACGUCCAAGCAGACCACUAGCCUGGCCGUCGUAGAUGUAUGUUUAGACGGUGGGGAAGUCGCGGGGAUCGUGAUUGGCUCCUUCCUGCUCCUCGUAAUCAUUGUGCUCCUCAUCCUGCUCCUUAUCCAUCUUGUACGGCGGAGGAGGGUUCAACAAAGACAGAUGGAUAAUAUUUUUAUUCCCAAGACUGAGCCGAAUCAAAGGCCUAAUCCUCCUGCUACACAACCAAAUGCUAGAAGAGACUUGGUCCCAGGUCCCGAGCCCCCCCUUUAUCCGGGGAAUGGUCAGACGCGGCGCUCUGUCCCCGUAGACACAAUGCAGCGUGAGAACAACGCACAAACGCUCCCUGUGAACGGACUGCAAAACUCCAGCACACUCCAGCACAAUGGCCGCACACGCACAAAUGGACUCCUACACAAUGCUAUUCAGAGCACUAAUUCAAACCCACACAAUGGCAUCGACAACCCGGCUUUCACACACACUGAAGCUCUGAAUGCAAACAACCUGCCAAACACACAGCAGCCAAAUCCCAAUGUUGUCAUACAGGCUGGCAACAACCAGGGCGGCGCCCAGCCACCGGCGGUUCAAGUGAGCUUCAACACGCUGCCCAGAACUGCAGACCCAAACGCACAAAUGCCCACAAUUAACUUGAAUCUUAACUCAUAUCCACCCAAUAACCAACAGAUUCAGCCAGACAGUUUCAGUCCUGCUGAUGUCACGCAGCACAACCUGUUAAACGCAAGACAAGCAAAUCCCACAAUGCAAGGUGCCCCGUUUUAUCCAGGUGACCCCAGGUUAAACAGAAAUCUGGAUAAUCCUGGACUCAUCCCAAGUGGAUACACGCAUUUGAACAGUAAUGUGGCUCCUCAGCAGGAUGCUAACACACAGACGAACCAGCGGGAGCUUCAAAGGACUGCAAGAGUGCAGGAAGCGACCCCGAGCUCCACCCACAGACAGAUGCCAUGGGACCGCCUACGAGGAACACCAGCGUACCCAAACGGCGCCCAGGCCUCACCUGAGUACACCUCUGACACCACAGACUAUACUAGAAAUAGAGACACGCAGGAGGCCAGAGGACGGGAAAGAUCCCAGCCUCCGAGCCAAACCGUUUCCCGCCGCAGAACUCCUCCCAGGCGUGACCCGCCGUCGUACGACACGGAGUCCAGCAGCCGCUCAACUGAUCACCGGCGUCCGAACGCCGCCCGUGUCACACAGCCUGACCCAUCCCACCGCACAGAGAGGAGCUCCCGUGCACAAAGUCACAGCGCAGAGCGGGACAUCAGAGGUAGCCAGACUGCCCUGAGGCAGGAAACGGCUCGCAGCAGAAACCCUCAGGCGCUUCCUUUUACCAGCCAGCCAACCUCUGCAGCCCGGGCCGGUGUGUCGCAAGCACCCACAGCAGAACAGGUGCAGGCUGCUCUUCAGGGUGUCGAUACAAGAGCUUUGGUUGAUCCUAAUCAGCUUCGGCAGGUAGAAGCACCACUAAACCGUGGUAUGCAGCCACAGCCUGCUGUGGAUGUCGCCAGGCAGCCUCUACAAGCGGCUCUGGCCCCAAACCCCUCUGCUAGCAACCUAACCCAGGCUGCCCUCAGGGUCCACACUGAGAGGGCUCAGGUUUUCCAGAGCAGAAGACAUCAAACUCAGGCUGCCUUGCUGAACAACAGGCAGCCACAGACUCAAACUCCAGCAGCUGGAGGCCACCGCCCACCCACCCCUCCUCCUGUAAUCCCACUGGCCGAUUUUCAGACCAUCCCUAAGGAGCGCAACCAGCACCGGUCCCCCGCUCGAGGCCCCGUCAGACCCAGCCAUCCCACCGCGAUGCCCACCAACCGUCAUCACCAUCACGGAAACGGUCACGCCGGUGCACAGAGGCAUGCUCAUGGCCAAGGCCAUGGGCGGCCUGCCCACCUCACCCACACCAGACAGCAACAAGCCCACAGAGGAAGACCAAGGCGGUGAGAGAUGUCAGCAGACUUCGCUCCUCAAGUGUCCUGCAACGGCAGCCGCAAACAAACAAAACAGCUGACAGGAAUGAUCCAGAAUUCCACCAAGCAGGACUGACUGCAGAGCUUUGCUUUUAAAAAAGCUGUCAUGCCGCGUGUGUCAGCCUGAAUGAUGCUUUUUUUUUUGUCCUGAAAGAAAUGAACAUGUCUCCUAUGGAGAUGAUAGAAUUUAAGAUUUUUAAAAAACUUUUUUAUUCUUAGCUAAAAAGACAAAUCUUCCCUCUUGGAAUUGCACCAAACUAAUUUGGCUAAAUGAUGUUUAAAGUCCCACUCCAAUCAUCUUUGAUGUAUUUUCAAAGCAUUCCCAUUGGUCUUUUGGCUAUAAUUAUACAUUUUUUUUUGCCAAAAUCCAAAUAAUCUGUUAUUUUCUAGGACAUAAUUUCUGUAGAGCGGCAGUAGUUUAUUAAGCUGUGUUCACACUGAACACAAUUCGAGCAUCAAAUUCGUGUCUGAUGCCUCUUUUUUGCUGAUCAACACCUGUCCAAAAAUGUACGUGGGAGGAGCUAUCACCAAAUGCUUUUAGCCUGAUCGCUACAUGGAGCUGUGUAUGUGAAUGUCUCAUUCACAAUGCAUGGAAGAUAUGGAAGAUCCAGAGAGAUCAGGUUUAUUUAUUUCAAAGAGUUCUACAAAAGCAUUAGUAAUCAUGUUUCUAUGUUGAGCUUCACUAAGGCAGCUUAGAAAUUCGUCUCUGAGUUGUGGGUGGGACCAUUGGAGUGGAGCAACCCCACCCCCUCUUCCCCUUUCUGUUGCUGAGAGCUCAUUUUUCUUGUCACAAAUGACUG